AUGCCAAACUUUGGUUUGUCUGCUUUUGAUCAUCUUAAUGAUGAAAGCUAUAAAAAUGUAAGUUCAAAUAUUCUGGAAAGGCAAUCAUUGGAACUCGAGCAGCAAUUAGAAGUUUUCCAGGGCAGGUUAAUUGACUUUGCCAAAAAGCACAAUAAAGAUCUGAAGGCUAAUCCUGAAUUUAGAUCAAGGUUUUUACGUAUGUGCUCAUCUAUCGGUAUAGACCCUCUAGAAAUAUUUGAGAAAGACCAACAUUUAUUUAAUGUUGAUGAUUUUUAUUAUGAAAUAUCGGUUAAAAUUAUAGAAGUGUGUAGGGAAACUAAAGACAUGAAUGGUGGAGUAAUAUCUUUUGAUGAACUGCGAAAUGGUUAUUUUAAGAAUCUAAAUGUUACCAUGGAAGAUUUAGAAAAAUCAAUAGAUAUGAUUCAAGUGCUAGAUGGUGGAUUUAAAGUAUUCAGCAUUCGAGGAAAAAAAUUUCUGAGAAGUGUACCAAAUGAAAUAACAGGAGAUCAGACAAAAAUUCUGGAGGUUUGCUCUAUUAUGGGUUAUGCUAGUAUAUCGCUUCUCAGGGCAAAUUUUCAGUGGGAUGCUGUAAGAGGUCGGUCAGUAUUGGAAGAUAUGGCGGCGAAUAGUAUGUUAUGGAUCGAUAAUCAAGCCGGAAAUGAGAUUCUAUAUUGGGAUCCUUCUUGGAUAAUGCGCAGUUAA